AUGUCUAGCAAUCCAUCCUAUCAGCAGCAGCUGGGGUUCGAUGCCAUGAACACUUGUUUCUUCGGCGGCAGCGGCAUGAUCGGUUCUUCCGAAGCGCCAUUCUUCUACCCAAGCAUGCCUCACGAUGCAGGCUUCGCCUCCGGCGGCGCGGAGGUGGCCGCGCAUUUAGUGGCCAGCAGCGCCGUGAUGGUCACUUCGCCGGCGAACCAGCUCGUGUGGUCCGCCGCUCCUUCGCGGGACAGCCACCAAGCGAGCAUGUCCACGGAUGAGAUGAACGACGACGCCUACGCCGUCGCUGGCGAGAGCUGCAGCACCGUGCACUCCAUGCUCCCUUCCGCCUCCGGCUCGGCGGACUUCUUCCAGUACGGGCCGGGGGAAGUCACCAUCGCCCAGCCGUCAAAGAUGGCCAAGCUCAUAAGUGGAGAGCCACACUGUGGCUGGCUCUACGACGGACCAAGCGCUGCCUCCACCCACCAGCCGUAUUACCCGACGGCGUUCUCCGGCGGCGGCGACCUUCCGGACGCGGUCGCCGGCGCGGCGAGCGGUCUCUCGCUCAGGCUAGGUGCCCAGUCUUCCUCGGUCACCAUGGCGAGCAUGCCGGAGCAGUCCUCGGAGGUGAGCUGCUCCGGCCUGACCCAUGUGAACAGCGAAGGCUUUGGCUACCAGCAGCCUCAGGCCGUCAGGGCUCACGCCGGCGCCGGCCAGUUCCAUCUGCCUCCUUACGGCGAUGUCGGUGCCGGCGACUACGAGCUGCGGCACGUGUACCCACAGAUGUAUUCGAGGCCUCCGCACUUCUCGCAGGUGCUGCCGCGGUCGGGAUACGCGCACAUUGCUCAGGAGCUGCUGAAUGGGUUCGCCGGCUGCCUGCUGAAAGACGUGGCCGAGAUGACUGAUGAUUCAGUCAGCGACAUUGGCAGCGAGGCGAGCCUCCUGCUCUCAUCGAGCUGCUCGGCGAGGACGCCGUCGUCGGUGAGCUCCAACCACCUGAUGCUGCCCUCCGAGGAGCACUCAGCCGACGGCGGGAGGUGGAUGGAGGCUCAGAGGGUGAGGAACGAUCUCCUGAAACUGCUGCAGCUGAUGGAUCAGAGGUGCAACCGGUGCUUCGACGAUAUCCAGACCACGGCGUCCAAGUUCAGCAGCAUGGUGGCGCAUCCGGGCGGCGGAGGCGGCGCCAUCGCCCCGCCGCCGUUCGCGCAGCGGGCGCUCUCCGCGGUGUACCGGAGGCUGAGGAAGCGGAUCACGGGCCUGAUCGUGGCGGUGGCGCAGAGGUCCGGCGGGCACGGGGAGCCGUCGUCGCUGGCGGACAAGGAGCGGAGCUGGGAGUCGUCCUUCAUCCAGAAGCACUGGGCGCUGCAGCAGCUCCGGCGCGGCGACCAGCAGUCGUGGCGGCCGCAGCGCGGCCUGCCGGAGAAGUCCGUCGCCGUGCUCAAAGCCUGGAUGUUCGAGAACUUCCUCCGCCCGUACCCGAAAGACCACGAGAAGGACAUGCUGGCGGCGAGGAGCGGGCUGAGCAGGAGCCAGGUCUCCAACUGGUUCAUCAACGCGCGCGUCCGGCUGUGGAAGCCGAUGAUCGAGGAGAUGUACGAGGAGCUCAAGAGGAGCUCGGGGCGCAGCGGCGACGCCGCCGAGCUUCCGAGCAGCAAAGACGUCGUCGGCUAG